AGAAGAAGAAAAGAUUUUGAUGUUUGGUUAUUGGUUCACGGGGUAGGCCCAAUAAGAAAGUGGACGACCCACAUUCCAUUGAAAAUUUGCUCGGCACCACCACCAACACAUCGCCAGGCCCACCCACACAAUCAUUUCUCACAAACGGCGGCGAUGCUCGGCAGAACUGAUCUCGCCGAUCCAAAAUCGGAAACGCCAUUUCCGACCCUCCAUUGAUGAAGACUUCAACACAAAACCCUCCUAUGGUUUCGACCUGCAAUGCCCCCUUUCUCUUCCUCGACUCCCAAUCUAACCUCUCGAUUUCGCAGCAGCAACAAACCCAAGAAACGCAAUUCCACCAAAGCUUACUGCCUCGUCCAACCCAUCCUCGACCUGUUAUCUCAGGGCCAUCUCUCACAUGCUCUUUCUUCCCUCGAGUUGUUAGUACGCAAAGGCAUACGCUUGCCUUCUAGAACUCUCGCCCAACUCUUGCGGCAUUGCGGAAACAGUAGGUCCUUAAGAGAAGGCAAAUGGGUUCACUUACAUUUGAAGGUCACUGGGCUCAAACACCCUUCUACGUUUUUAGCGAACCAUUUGAUUAACAUGUACUUCAAAUGCGGCGAUGACGUCGAGGCUCGCAAGGUGUUUGAUAAAAUGUCUAUCAGGAAUUUGUACUCCUGGAAUAAUAUGCUUUCUGGGUAUGCUAAAAUGAAAAGGUUGAAGGCCGCCAGGGGGUUGUUUGAUAAAAUGCCGGAGAGGGAUGUUGUUUCGUGGAAUACAAUGGUGAUUGCGUAUGCUCAGAAUGGGUUUGCUGAUGAGGCUUUGAGUUUUUAUAGAGAGUUGCGGAGACUGUCAAUUGGUUAUAAUGAGUUUAGUUUUGCGGGUGUUUUGACUUUAUGUGUGAAGUUGAAGGAAUUGGGGCUUACUAGGCAGGUUCACGGACAGGUUUUGGUUGCUGGUUUUUUGUCUAACGUGGUGCUUUCGAGUUCUGUUGUCGACUCUUACGCUAAGUGUGGUGAGAUGGAAUAUGCAAGGAGAUUGUUUGAUGAGAUGAAGGUGAGGGAUGUUCUUGCUUGGACCACUCUGGUUUCAGGAUAUGCCAAAUGGGGGGAUAUGAAAUCAGCUAGUGAGUUGUUUGACAAGAUGCCAGAGAAGAAUCCAGUCUCCUGGACAGCUCUUAUUGCUGGCUAUGCUAGAAAUGGUUUGGGGCAUGAAGCUCUGACAUUGUUCUCCAAAAUGGUAAUGUUUCGGAUAAUACCUGAUCAAUUUACGUUUAGCAGUUGCCUUUGUGCUUGUGCCAGUAUAGCUUCACUUAAGCAUGGCAAAUCAAUACAUGCCUUUUUGAUACGUACUAAUUUCAGACCCAACACAAUAGUUGUGAGCUCUCUCAUCGAUAUGUAUACAAAGUGUGGGAAUUUGAGGGCUGGAUGUUUGGUUUUCAAUCUUUUGGGUAAUAAGCAAGAUGUUGUUUUGUGGAACACAAUGAUAUCUGCCUUAGCUCAGCAUGGUCUUGGUGAAGAGGCAAUGCAGAUGUUUGAUGACAUGGUCAGAUCAGGAGUGAAGCCGGAUAGGGUCACCUUUGUGGUAAUUCUCAAUGCAUGUAGUCAUUCUGGUCUAGUGCAUGAAGGACUUGGGAUUUUCAAAUCCAUGGCUACAGAACAUCACAUCGUUCCUGAUCAAGAGCAUUACGCUUGCUUAAUUGAUCUCUUGGGUCGAGCUGGAUGUUUCAAUGAAUUAAUGGACCAGCUUGAGAAGAUGCCAUUUGAACCUGGUGAUCAAGUUUGGAAUGCCAUACUUGGUGUUUGUAGACUUCAAGGAAAUAUUGAUCUAGGAAGAAAAGUAGCUGAACACCUUAUCAAGUUGGAUCCCCAAUCUUCUGCUGCAUAUGUGUUACUGUCAAGUAUAUAUGCUGCUCUUGGGAGAUGGGAAUUGGUAGAGGAAGUCAGACAUGUUAUGGACAAGAGACAUGUAAGAAAAGAGCGAGCUAUUAGUUGGAUAGAAAUUGAUAAUAAAGUGCAUGCAUUCACUGUGUCGGAUAGGCUGCACCCUCUAAAAGAAGUAAUAUACUCAGUUUUGGAACAGUUAGCUGACCAGAUAGAAGUUGAUGCUUCAUUCCUAAACAACGAGAGAUUGUAGAAUUGGUCUCUUCAAAAGCACAACCAUUCAUUCAUGACAUUUCAUUGAAAAGAUUGAAGAAGCUGAAGCAAUGGAAGAUAUUUUGCAUCCUUUUGUGUAAUUGUUCUGAAGUAUACCAUUCCUUCCUGUCCUGUAUUUCUGUGACUUUUGUUGGCGAGAUGUAUUGGUUAAUGUUUGUCUGUAUUACUAAGAUUAGGUCUCAAACUCAGACAAGCGGUACACCUUUACUACACUUCUACUACACUGGAGAUUUUUGUUUCAAUCA